AUGGAAAAGAGUCAGGUUCCAGAGAGACAAAGGAAAGAAAGUGAAGGACGAGUAGAGUCUGAGAAGAGUGAGGUAGACGAAAGUGAUGGCGACACAGAUGUUGAGGAGAAGCUCAGGGAGGAAGAGAUAGAAAGAGAAGAGAAAGUCGAUAAAGGAAGGUGUGAGAAAGAAAGUUCAAAACACGAAGGGGUGAGCCGCACAGAAAGAGGAGGGGGUUACAAAGGACGAAGCAGAAGCGAGCGGGAAGAGCUGGCGAGCGAGGAGGAGGUGAAUGGCGAAGAAUCGAGGAAUUCUGACAGAAGAGAGGGCAGGGGAAAAGGCAGUGUCUCGCAAGAGUGGACAAUGGAAAGAAGAGGUGACAUGAAAACGGAAGAGGAGAAGGAGCGUUGCAAAAGAGCGAGCAAAGAUGGAUCGGCGAGCAAGGCGGAAUGGAGGGAGCGGAGAGGAGACGGGGUGACAGGUAGCUAUCGAGGCAAAGAUGCAGAAAGGAAAGAUAGAGUCGCAGAGAGUGAAAAGUAUAAUGCUAGAGAGAUGGUGAAGAGAAGAGAAGAGAAAGUGAGAAGACCAGUAGAAAGGAAAGAAUUUAUGGAGAUCAUAGCUGAAAUGGCGCUGGACAUGAAGGUGGAAGUCAAAGGUGUGGUGGAGAUUAAAAGUGAGGGAAAGAAAGAGUUAAUGUUAGUGGAAAUGGAAGAGGAAGAAGACAAAAAGAAACUCUUUAGCAAACGGUGGGAAAUAAAGAAGAGAUGGAGAGUAAUGGUGGAUGAGGAACUGACCAGAGAAGAAAGAUACGUGAGAUGGAGGAUUGAAGAAAAGAAGGCGCUGUGUUUGGAGGUAAUGUCAGGAUACCCGAGUCGGGUCGAGUCGCAAAUCGAAAACGCCAUUAGAAUGAUCGCGUACGUGUUCGAGAGCGUCGCGGGCCGGUGUAAAUACGUUCCUUUUAUACAACUAUAA